AUGGCAGAAGACAUCAAGACCAAAAUCAAGAACUUCAAGACGUCUCCUUUUGACAGCUGCUUCCCUAACCAGAACCAGACUAGGGACUGUUGGCAGAACAACCUGGACUUGCCCCGCUGUGAGAAGGCAAUGACUGCUAAAGGGAGCGAUGUCUCCGUGUGCAAACAAUACUGGCACAUGUACAAGUCCUUUUGCCCCAUAUCCUGGGAAUCGGCCUGGGAUGACCGCGGGGCAGAAGGCACAGCUCCUGGGAAGAUCUGA